GGCGGGGGGCAUGCAGGAGCGAUAGGAGGACGAUGAAGGACUUACAUUUGGGCAACGUGACGUAUGCUUGGAUUGGGAUCAAUGAUGAUGAUGCAGGCAUCCACAAAUGAGAAUCUGCCGCCGGCGGUGAUGCGGCGGCUGGUGAAGGAGCUGAAGGCUAUGAAGCGGUCCCCGCCCGACGGCAUCGAGCUCGUCAUUGGCGAGGAGCUGUCGCAGGUGACGGCGGACAUUACCGGGCCCGAGGCGACGCCGUUUGAGGGUGGCGUCUUCCGGGUUCUCCUCAAGCUGACUUGUGAGUUCCCGGCUGCGCCUCCGGCCGGCUUCUUCCUCACCAACAUCUUCCACCCCAACGUGAGGCCCGAGACCGGUGAGAUCUGCCUCAACAUCCUCAAGAAGGACUGGAAGCCCGACCUUGGCCUUCGCGACGUCCUUCUCACCAUCAAGUCGCUCAUGAUCUUCCCCAAUCCCGAGUCGGCGCUCAAUGAGACCGCUGGCAAGCUGAUGCUGGAGGCUUUUGAUGAGUAUGCGUCGCGAGCGCGCCUCAUGACCUCGAUCCACGCCACCCCCGCCGCGGCCCGUGGCGACUCCCUUGCCGCAUCCAAGUCGCAGCCUGUGGCGGCCGCCGAGGCAGCCGCUGGCUCUGUCACCACCGCCUCGACCACCCUCACCGACGCCACCAACGCCCCGGCCUCCACCGCCCCGCCGUCCAAGAUCGCUACAAAGACCGCCGCUGCGCCCAAGGGCGUGUCCAAGAAGAAGGCCAAGGCCGGUGGCAAGAAGAAGCGCGGCCUCAAGCGUCUGUGAUCUCUCGGUCAUGCCUCGCCAGUCUGUGUCUUGAACGCUGUACCUAUUCCUCCCCUUGGCACCGGAUGCGCCAUCCACCGGAUGCACCAUGCACCAAUGAAUCUUGCCAACCCUUUA